UCACCAUCACUACUACGCCACCCUUGGUGACACCAGUGUCACGACGCCCACACAGCCACCCAGCCACCCAGUCAGCCAGCCGCCCUCGAACGACUAGAGGAACGUCUCACACACACACACACACAAACCUCUGGGAUUUCCUCUUGUAGGUCCUCCUGUACCUUUGGAAGACCCGCAGUACCUUUGGAAGUCUCGCAGUACCAUUGGAAGUUCUUCAGCGCCUUCGGUGUCCUUCACAGUACCUUCGAAGUAUUGCAGUUCUAACGAUCUCUUGCAGUUCUAGCGACAUCCUGCAGUUCCCUCGAAGUCUCUUAUACCUUCGAACUCACGAAGACAUCCUCUGCAGCGAGCAACUUCGACUCCACCUGGGGGCUUUCGACGUGUGAGGCACGCUUACAAACCUGUCUGCUGGUGGCAUACCCCUGCAGCCUAUCUGAAGGAGUGAUACCCUGCAGCCCUGUAUACCCGCAACGCAUACUAACCCCGUCUGCUGGAGGGAUACCCGACAUCCUGUCUGAGGGGAUACCUUUCAUCCUGACGAAGGAGGUGGCUGUGCUCCCUGUCGACAGGUAGUCUCUUGCCUCCUGCCUAUUGACUGUCCCCUACUGUCUUUCUCCUGUCUGCUGGUGGGAUACCCUGCCCUCUCAAACUCCCAGGGAGGCAUUAGUUUUCGGGGAUACUGCCCCAGUGGGUAUCACUGCUAUGAGAAUGGACGGUGAAUAGUGCAUUGUUGAGCGGCUAGUGACAGUGAUAAGUACAGUGAUUGUGGAUAGCAGCAGCGGCAGUGACUACUGCACUGUCAAGAACUGCUCGUGGAUGCAGUGAUAACAGUGUUAGGCCAAACAGUGAGAAGAGUUCUAGGGAACAGUGCUUGUAAGGGUGUCAGUAGAAAGUGUCAGACUUUAAACUACAGUACCGUUAUUUGUGAGGAGAAUACCGUCAGUACCAACGGGUAGCAGUGUCGCUAUCAACGGGAACAGUGUCAGUGCCAACGGGGACAGUGCCCGGGUGGAGGCAGGCGGGCAGUGGCCCUGACGACCCUACCCAUCUGUUGGGCAUUCCCGCUUGUAAUGCAACUCAUCUGAAGAUGGCAGACGAAAAUCUAGCGAGUGAGUAUGUUGCAGAUUUUAUGCUGGAACCUUUGGACGAUGUCAUGGGCAUCAAGGAGCACAAGGAGCUCCACGGCAUGGGCAUGGGUAUGGGCCGUGUUCACUCCCAUAUGAUGGCUCCUCAUAUGCCCAACAUGGCUGCUACGAAUGCCUGGAUGAACCAUCACCACCACUACCACCAUCACCACAAUCCUGGCGGUAUCGGAGUAGUGCCCACACCGCAGGGUAAGCCACAGUCGCAAGUGCCAGGGACUCCCCCUGAUACCCCGCCAGGGUCAUCCCCUACCACGGGCUCCCUGCCCCCUUCACCGCACCUGCAGGGUAUGCAGCAACACUCCCUCAUGGAAGAAAUGUGGACUUACAACCGCUACAUGCACGAGCCACUGGACUUGCGGCCUGGCCCGCAGUGCGGUGGCGACCAGCUGGAGGCGCAGUCGUGGAUGUUAGACCGCAAAUGGGAAGCAGGAAUGGCCCAACAGCGCACACUGAACCCUCUGGCACACCCAGGAAAGACCCCAGUAGACCAGUCCACCUGUCAGAUGGGGUUACAGACCAUGCAGCAUCCUGGGUCUGUCUACAUAUCUGACGAAGAGUUGGUGACUCUCUCCGUCCGCGAACUCAACAGACGCCUCCACAACAUGUCCAAAGACCUGCAGACGAAGUUCAAACAGAAACGGCGGACCUUGAAGAACCGGGGCUACGCCCAGAGCUGCAGAACCAAGCGCCAGAACUACAAGAUGGAGUUAGAGACAGUUAACAGAACUCUGCAGAACGAGAACCAGAGGAUCCAAGCGGAGGCCAGCCGUCUUAGUCAGCAGAACAGUAUGUUCAAGACGGAGAACGCUUCCAUCAGACACGACAUGGAGAACAUGAAAAAACAGUUGGAGAAGGCGGUGAGGGAGAAUGAUAAUUUACGCCGACAGCUGCAACAACAGCAGCAACAGCAACAGUCUCAACAGCAGUCUCAGGAUACAUCAGGAGGCCAGGAGCUGUACAGUAUGUGACCGUGCGGCCCUGAACAGCACUCACAGGAGGUGGUGUACAGCAAAAAUAGAGAGGCUGUUUGGCCAGGAGACCCGCUCUAGACCACACCUGUGACUGGUUUGGUACCGUUCUAGACCAGACCUGUGACUGGUCUGGGUCCUAGCCUCCAAGGUCCCUCCUAGACCAUACCUGCAAGCGGUCUAGAGGGUCUUCUGCGGUCCCUAGACCAGGCUCCCUCCUGCAGGUAGACCAGGCUCUCGUCCGGCUGUGAUUUCCUCUCUUGGACGAGUUCAAAAGGUCCUAGACCAAGGGUGGACCAGUCCGCCCGUGCCUAGCCGCCCUAACCACCCUCCCCCGCCAACUCCACCCUACCGACAAUCAUCAGGAGGGCUUCGACACGGACGGCGGCCGCCCACCACCGCCGCCCACCGCCGCCGCCCACCGCCGCCCACCAACAGUUACGUGACCAGAGACAGUGUGGUUCUGUUAUUUUCAUACAUACAUUUUUAUUAGACCUUUAUAUAUUCUGGGAAAAACAGUCAGUUCCAAAAAUAAAUAAUUCGGUAAGCUGGAAUUUACCCUUAUGACUCAAACCAUGGUUUAGGAGCCAUGGUUUUUGGGAACCCCCCUCUAUAUACAAUCCCUGCUUGGGGGCCACUAACCCAGGGGCCCCCAUGGGCCACUAACCCAGGAGCUCCUCAUGGGGUCACUAACCCAGGAGCUCCUCAUGGGGUCACUAACCCAGGAGCUCCUCAUGGGGCCACUAACCAGUGGCUCCACAUGGGGCCACUAGCCCAGGAGCUCCUCAUGGGGCCACUAACCAGUGGCUCCACAUGGGGCCACUAACCCAGGAGCUCCUCAUGGGGUCACUAACCCAGGAGCUCCUCAAGGGGUCAAUAACCCAGUGGCUCCACAUGGGGCCACUAACGCAGGAACUCCUCAUGGGGUCACUAACCCAAGAAUUCCUCAUGGGGUCACUAACCAGUGGCUCCACAUGGGGCCACUAACCCAGGAGCUCCUCAUGGGGUCACUAACCAGUGGCUCCACAUGGGGCCACUAACCCAGGAGCUCCUCAUGGGGUCACUAACCCAGGAGCUCCUCAUGGGGUCACUAACCCAGUGGCUCCACAUGGGGCCACUAACCAGUGGCUCCACAUGGGGCCACUAACCCAGGGGCCCCACAUGGGCCACUGUGGCCCUCAUACAAUGCUUCAACGACCCUUUAGAUAUCCAGCCUCGCCCAUCUGUUCCACUUCGCAAGUAUCGCAGUGACCAACGAACUUAGCACAAAGAUAACGAGACGAUGUGGAAGUGAACGAUACCCUGUGGCAACUGUUACGAUAGAUUUGUACAUAUACGGUGUGGCAGAAAAUAUCGUCCAUUUCACUUAGAGUGUUGUGUACACACGGUGUUUGUGGGGGAACACGUGUGUGUACACACGGUGUAUCUGGGAGAACACGCCUGUUAUUGCUACUUAUAACUGUAUGUUUGGAGAGUGUAUUAGCCGCCUUCCCCCGCCCCACCCCCUGUUGUAUGCGUCUGUACCCCUCGGUGUAUAGGCUUGUUCUGUACCCCUCGGUGUAUAGGCUUGUUCUGUACCCCUCGGUGUAUAGGCUUGUUCUGUACCCCUCGGUAUAUAGGCUUGUUCUGUACCCUCGGUGUAUAGGCUUGUUCUGUACCCCUCGGUGUAUAGGCUUGUUCUGUACCCCUCGGUGUAUAGGCUUGUUUCUGUACCCCUCGGUAUAUAGGCUUGUUCUGUACCCCUCGGUGUAUAGGCUUGUUCUGUACCCCUCGGUGUAUAGGCUUGUUCUGUACCCCUCGGUAUAUAGGCUUGUUCUGUACCCCUCGGUGUAUAGGCUUGUUCUGUACCCCUCGGUGUAUAGGCUUGUUCUGUACCCCUCGGUGUAUAGGCUUGUUCUGUACCCCUCGGUGUAUAGACUUGUUCUGUACCCUCGGUUGUAUAGACUUGUUCUGUACCCCUCGGUGUAUAGACUUGUUCUGUACCCCUCGGUGUAUAGACUUGUUCUGUACCCCUCGGUGUAUAGGCUUGUUCUGUACCCCUCGGUGUAUAGAACUUGUUCUGUACCCCUCGGUGUAUAGACUUGUUCUGUACCCCUCGGUGUAUAGACUUGUUCUGUACCCCUCGGUGUAUAGGCUUGUUCUGUACCCCUCGGUGUAUAGGCUUGUUCUGUACCCCUCGGUGUAUAGACUUGUUCUGUACCCCUCGGUGUAUAGACUUGUUCUGUACCCCUCGGUGUAUAGGCUUGUUCUGUACCCCUCGGUGUAUAGACUUGUUCUGUACCCCUCGGUGUAUAGACUUGUUCUGUACCCCUCGGUGUAUAGGCUUGUUCUGUACCCCUCGGUGUAUAGGCUUGUUCUGUACCCCUCGGUGUACAGGCUUAUUCUGUGCCCCUCGGUGUAUAGGCUUGUUCUGUACCCCUCGGUGUAUAGACUUGUUCUGUACCCCUCGGUGUAUAGGCUUGUUCUGUACCCCUCGGUGUAUAGACUUGUUCUGUACCCCUCGGUGUAUAGGCUUAUUCUGUGCCCCUCGGUGUAUAGGCUUGUUCUGUACCCCUCGGUGUAUAGGCUUAUUCUGUGCCCCUCGGUGUAUAGGCUUAUUCUGUGCCCCUCGGUGUAUAGGCUUGUUCUAUACCCCUCGGUGUAUAGGCCUACCCUGUACCCCUUGGUGUAUAGGCCUACCCUGUACCCCUUGGUGUAUAGGCCUACCAUGUACUCCAGUGUAUAGGCCUACCAUGUACCCCAGUGUAUAGGCCUACCCUAUACCCCCCACGAUCGCUGAUUUUUAAAAAAAAAAAAAAAUUAUGCCUAAAAAAUUUCAACAUCUCA